CUUUCAUGCCGUCUUGUCGAAAAGAGUAGGCUUGACCAAUCUGCUUAAAGAACAGAACAGGUAAACUUUGGCUUCUAAUAGGCACUAUAUUCAAUAUUGGAUUCUAAGUUUCUAACAAAGUGUCUGUGAAAUCAAACACCAAAAACAAAUUUCCUCUGCUUCUGAGGCUCAUCAUUUCGUCCAUGGCGAUGGAGGAGGAGUCCAACAAAUUACAUGUAGCCAUGCUACCGUGGUCAGCCUUUGGGCAUAUCAUUCCAUUUCUGGAACUAGCUAAGUUCAUAGCUCAAAAGGGUCACAAAGUCACCUUCAUUUCCACCCCAAGAAACAUCGAUCGCUUACCCGAAAUCCCACCAAAUCUUACCGAUUCAAUAACCCUGUUCAAGAUUCGAUUUCACAGAGUUGAUGGGCUCCCGGAGAACGCAGAGGCCACCAUGGACAUCCGUACAGAUCUCGAAAUGUCGCUUCUCAAGAAAGCCUACGACGGGCUUCAACCGGAGUUGACUCGUUUCUUGGAAACGGCUCUUCCUGAUUGGUUCAUUCACGACUUCAAUCCAUACUGGAUACAACCGAUUGCUCGGAAUCUUGGCGUUAAAACGGCCUUUUUCAGCAUCAUCAAUGCCUGGACUUAUGGGUUUUUCGGACCGACUGAGAUGCUAAUAGAAGGCACAGAUGAUAGAUCCAAAGCAGAGGAUUUCCUGGUUCCGCCGAAAUGGGUGCCGUUUGAGAACAAAGUGGCUUUUAAAAUCCAUGAAGCUAACUGGACUCUUGGAGCUAUCAAAGAAAAUGAAUCCGGGUUCUCUGAUACAUACAGGAUCGGAAUGAUCUCAAAGAAUUCCGAUCUCAUAAUAUUUCGGCACUGCUAUGAAUUCGAAGGCGAAUGGUUGAAGCUACUGAAUGAGUUAUACCCUCGUCCGGUCAUACCAGCAGGAUUAAUGCCACCUCAAUUCAGCCACAACCCAAUUGAUGACGACAAGAAUGAAGCCUGGAUUUCAAUAAAACAAUGGCUUGACGGACAAAAUCCAGGUUCAGUUGUGUAUGUCGCUUUAGGAAGUGAGGUUUCACCGUCUCAAAAUGAUAUCACUAAAUUGGCUCUUGGAUUGGAGCUAUCUAUGGUUCCAUUCUUUUGGGUUCUUAGAAACUCAUCUCAAUCGGGCUACGAGCCUUCCGAUUCGCUUAAAUUACCUCAUGGUUUUGAAGAAAGGAUAAAUGGAAGAGGGAUUGUUUGGAAGAAUUGGGCGCCUCAGUUGAAGAUACUAAACCACGGCGCAAUCGGUGGAUUCUUGACUCAUUGUGGCUGGGGAUCAACGAUAGAAGGAUUAAUGUUUGGACAUCCAAUGAUAAUGCUUCCAUUUGUGGUUGAUCAAGGAUUGAAUGCGAGGGUUCUUGAGGACAAACAGGUCGGCGUCGAGGUGCCGAGGAAUGAGCAGGAUGGAUCAUACUCUAGAGACUCUGUGGCUGAGACGGUGAAGUUAGUGAUGGCUGAAGAUGAAGGCAAGAAAUUCAAGGAGAAGGCUAAAGAAAUGGAAGCAAUAUUUGGAAACAGAGAAUUGCAUGAUGCAUAUCUUCAUAAGGUGGUUGAGUAUUUGCAGGAGUAUAGACAUAAAUCCAUGGACUAAUACACUUGUCCACUUAAGUGCCUUCAAAGGAUUUGCUGAAUCUUGAAGAAGCAGGGUUCCUGGUUUCUUUCAAUGUGAAUUCAAUCUAAUUUCCCACUUUGCAUAUUUGGAUCAAGUUUUUGUUGGAUUAUUUCCGAGGCUCGGAACAAGAUUUUGCCUCCUAACUUCAUUGAUUAAUCGUGUGAUAUGAAUGAUAUAAUGUUAUUUUGGUCGUCACUCAGAAACUAGUAGCAGGACUUAAUUAAUACGAGUAGUUUGUAACACACAAACAAGUUGAAUUUCCCUUCGCCAAUCUGAACUUCACUUGAUUUUGUAAUUUUCCUGCUUGAUGUCUGGCAAAGGAUUCUCUACGCCAUUAUGUAACACUCUUUAUUGUAUUAUUCAAUAACUUUGAAUAAAUUUCGUGAUUUUGGUUAAUAUUUACACCAUCCGUAAUUACUUUCGAAGUUAUAUAUUUUAGAAAUAAGAGUUCUUUUUUUUUUUUUCGAAUUAUG